AGGAAAUCCGGCCACCAAGAUUGUAAACCUCAUCAACGCGAACCGCACCGCAAUCAAUCUACGAAAACUGCAUGAUAAUCGAGGGCUGGGAUGCAUGGCCCUGCAGUUUAUAUCUCAAUGCAUCAAAAAUUGCAGCAGAAACAACACACUCACCUGUCAUCUUCAACCAGCUGCUAUAACUGAGAUCUAUGCUCCUAACUGUGGGGUAGAAUUAGCCACAAUCGGAAUCAUUUCAGGCUAUCUUUUGGGCUGCCAUUUGAGCUCUCUGAACACAGAACAGGCCUUCUUCGACAUCGAAGAUAAGAGAGCAGUCUCCCUCAUCCAUGGCGGAGACCUCACAGAGCUCGGAGCAGGUUUUAUGAGAGAAAAACAUGGCGGAUUCUACUGGUCCGUGUUGUUCAGCAAUGAAACAAGUAAUUCUAGUUUUGUUCUUGAAGAUGGUGGGACAGGUAUUCAGCAGAAAGUUGGCUGCUUCAGCGGCUCAGAUGCGCCUUGCAGUGCCGGUACAAAUUGUGUUGGAUGUGGAGUAAAGUGGAGGAGACUUGGAAUAAGUAAAUAUACAGGUGAUUGGUGCGAGACCCUUGGGCACCUAGGCGCCGGUUUGAGCCAGGCAACCUGAGAGGUUGGCGCUUAGGCGCCGCGAUACUGGCUCCCAGACGCCAGACCGCGAUGCUGGCUCCUAGGCGCCAUACCCAUGGGCGCCAAUGUGCCCUUGUUGUCUUCUGCAAACAGAGAUCCUAGAGCCUUGGCGCUGGAGCCAGCAACUGUUCGAGACAGUUUUGAGCAAUUCGACCUUAGGUCGUGGGGAGUUAUUCAGACGACCAAGAAGGUUUGCAUGAGGUAUUUGACAAUCUUUUUAUGUAUCUAUGCAAUGUAGGGAAGGGCCUUGUUGAAGGAUUGAGUAUGAUAGGUUUUAAUUAGUCAUCUGGUGAGGAAUUGAGUUGGAAAGGGAGGAGAUACUUCAGGAUAGCAGCUGGGAUCAUGAUUCCUUUGGGUGGAACAUCUUCAAAGCUUU